AUGAGUCGCAAUGACAAGAAGCAUCACCGGGCGAACGUCCUGGGCACCGCGCAGGACCAAAGCGUCCGGCUUUUUGCCUUCACAAACGCCCGGGGUGGGUAUUCGGGGUGCUUUUCCCCUGAGGCGCCUUUGAUGAUUUUGAAGACCCAGUCCUCCCGCCAGCACCCGUGCGUGCAGUGGAAGGACCUCAGCGCGGUGGUCUUCCGCGCCGCGCCGAACACGACCCACGCCGUGUACCUUUUGGACACCUCCCCCCUCCACGCCUUCGCGGUGGACGCCGUUCUAAAGCGCCUGCGCAACGUCAUCAGCAAACUCAACCCCCACAACGCGACGUUGGUGGCCGUCGGGGUGGCCGCCCCGCUCGCCCUGGCGUACGCGUUAAUGGGGGAGAAGAGGCUCGGCCACCGGGACCGGCUCGUGGGGCGGGUGGUGCUGGCUUUGCCGUCCUCCCUGGAGGCCUGCGGGCGGGUCCUGCGGGCGGCGAGGGAGGAGGAGGGCGCCGCGCCGGGGCUUUACCCUGCUCCGGAGUUGGUCGUGCUGCUGGACAACGCGGCCGACCGCGGGCGAUGGUCGGCGGGGCUGGCGGAGGCCGAGUCGGCGGGCCCGUUGUUUAAACGCCGGGUUCUCACCGAGGACCUGGGGCCAGACCUCUUCGCCGCGAUCGCGCACCACGCGGGGGUGGUGGCGGACGGGACGGAGGUUGAUCUCGCACGACGCCUUUCGGCUCCGCGGGUGUACCGAAUCGACUUUGUACUGAGUGCCCAGACAAAGUGUGUGGAGCAGGUGGUGAGGCGCUGCGUGUUGGAGGACGACGGGCCGAAUGCCGGCGACGACGGCCUUGCCGAGAGCGGGGGCCGCGAGCAGCCCGGCGAAACCGCCGCCGCCACGGCCGAGGCGAACGACCCCGAUGUCCAGAGCGAAUGCGAGGGGGAAUCUGAAAACGAGCAAUCCCCCUUUUUUGGCCUUUCCGGGCUUCCGCACCUGACGAGCGCCGUCCGUCUGCUGGUGGAGGGUCGUAUUAUGAACCUGGCCCGUGGGGUUGUGGGCACCGUUGAGGGGCAGGUGGUGGUAAAGGGGCUAGAGUCCUGCAUGCGAGAGACGGCGCCGGACCUUUUGCGGCGUGUGAAAUCAACCAACGAAAAAGGGGUAGCGGUAGAGCUGACGGCCUCGCUUGCACGGGAUAAGCCAGGUCGGACGCAUUUGCACCCCCACACGCUGCGCGCGUUAACUCCAAAAGAGACGCAGAGUUCGAUCACGGUUGGGGACUCGGUAGACAGUUUACCACCCUACAACCUAUCUGAUAUCGCGUAUAAUUAUGGUGGUAUUCUGAUACGCGGUCGGAAAUGUGCGCUAAUUCGUGAUUUAUCGGAUAAGCGUCGUUCUAACCGGAUGUAUUUCCCUUAUACCCCGGCCUCGUCGUCGGAGACGGCAACCGAGUGCGCGAUACGUGCGGUGUGUGAGGGUUGCGAUGUGAGCUGCGAUAACUUUUUUGCGCCGUCCUGGAUCCCGCCAGUGGUCUAUUAUGAGCGAACGGAUGAAUUCCUUCGGUGCAUUACGCUGUAUAUUAUGUUCGCGAUCGAUCCAUCUCCCCAAGGAGUCGAUGGCGAUCGGUUCGAAGAUGCGCCGGAUCCAGAGGAGCCAUACGACUGGACCAGUUAUGAUCGUGCGCGAAUAUUGCUGUCAUUGGAAGCUGAGCGCGAGGCUUUGAUGGAGGCCAGACACCUACUCCGAAAGGCCGACAUGGUAGGCAUGUGCCAGCGCUUUCCAAACUAUGGUCUGUUUGGGGAUUCCACAGAUGAUCUCCCAUCAUCGAAAAGCGCCUUAUGCUGA